AUGGCACAGAAGCAAGAAUUUUCGUCAUUAACUGAUUCUGAACACAAAGUAAGACGAGGAUCAUCUCCAUCCUACAUCGAACAACAACAGAUACGAAUGGAUGAUCAAGAUGAAAACAAACAAGCACAAAUGGAUAUUCAACAAUCAAAUAAAAUGAUGUUAUUAAUGCAACGACUAUUGGCUAAACAAGAUUUGCUUCUAGAUGAAAACAAAGAAAUUAACCAAGAGAUGGCAACACAACAGUUCACCAUCAACAAUCUUACUCAAACAAUUGAAGCUAUACAAGUAAGUAAUGCAUUAUGUCACAAUGUACUGCCAACAAAAACAUCAUCAUUAACAACAGCUCCAUUGUGGCAGUCAACAUCGUCUGUUAUUAUGAAUAUGGAGUCUAGUCUUAAGGAACAAGCUGUUAAGCAACUACACUCUAAAAGAAUCAAUCAACUUCUUGAUUCUACUCCAUUCACUGGAUCAGCUUCACAAGAAGUCUCAGAUUGGAUCAACAACUUUAGUAACAAGUGUGAUCAAGUUCAACUAGACGAUGCUCAACGUUUAUCGGUGGUUAUUGAUCUUCUCAAGGGCAAUGACACAUUAUGGUAUGAUACAUACAAGGACACAAUUCAUGAUUGGGUAACAUUAAAAAAUAAAUUAACAACCUAUUUUAAACUUGUAACUGGUACCGAUCAUUUUCAACUGGAACAAAAGCUUUACAAUCGACGACGACAAACAAAUGAAUUAGCAAUUGAUUAUUGUCAUAAUGUUCUAAGACUUUGUUCAAAGGUUAAUAAAUACAUGGAUGAUGAAACUCGACUCAAACAUCUUACUAAAGGACUGAAUGCAGCAGCUCAACUACAUAUGGAUUUAAAAAGUCCUGCCACUUUGGAAGAAUUUCUUCAAGCUCUUAUUAAGUAUGACAAAUGGCAAGAAGAAGAAAAGAAUCAGGUGAGAGCUACCAUAUCUUUUGAUAAUCGUAGACAUAUAGCAACAACAACAACACAACAACCUUUCAUCCAACAACAACCUUAUUCUUCGAUUCCACAACAGCAAUACAAUUCUCCGCAACACCAAUACAACAAUUCGUCACAACAACCACGACAUCAACAGCAUUACACAACAUACGCUUCACAUCAACCUCAACAUAACAACAGUGAGAAAAGCUAUGGUGGAUGUUGGUCAUGCGGUGGUAUGGACCAUUAUCAAUAUAAUUGUUCAAAAAACUACUAG